UGCAUGGAUGUGUUAGAUAAUCAUUCGGUUUCACACUAUUUUAUAAUUUUUUAGUGUUUCUAAUUUUCCAGUUCUCUGCCUUCUCACUCUAUGAUUAUGUAUGUGUUGUAAAUUUAUAGGAAUUUCAUGAUCGUGGCUCUGGGAAGUCAAGAAUGUCCUCAAAACAGAGUGGACCCUCCUACAAGUGGGUUUGCCGCAUCCAUGAUGUCUACAAGGAUAAGCACUCUUUGCCCUCCCAGACCACCUCUGAUCACCCAUUGAAAUCUGCCAUUAUUGAACGCAAGUUAUCUCAUACGCCAUCUGCAAAAGUCACAAAUAAUGUCUCUGACUCUACUACAAUUGUCGAACCACUUGGCGUGUCAUUGGAUGGUUCAGACCCUCUUAGUUCUUUUGCAAAAUUAGCCUAUGACCCUCUCUCGAAAAUAGCAGCUGAUGAAUGCGUUGAUGAAUUAGAUGAAGACAGCAAUGAACCAGGAGAGGUGGAGGGAAUGGAACCAUGGUCUGUGCGGCGACGAGAAAUUCUGAGGAGAUUCACAACAUCAGAAAAAUUAACAAUGGUGACAUUUCUGCUUGGUGGAGAGAAGGUGACAGUCAAGACACCAACCUCGCAGAUCAAGAACAGGCUAGAGCAAUUGGACGAUUUUGAAGAGGACUCUGAAUACAGAGAAGCAGACCUAACGCAAAAAGAGUACAUGGCUCGCAUUGAACUCAUGCAUGAAGAUCUGCUAACUGCAUGGCAGCAAGACCAAAAAGUAACAGCCUUAAAAAUCAUAAUACAGUGCCUGAAACUUCUUGUGGAUACAUCAGUAAUACAAUUCUAUCCAAGUAAAUUUGUGCUAAUAUCCGAUAUUUUAGACACAUUUGGAGAGCUUGUGUAUGAAAGAUUACACUCAAAAUCAAAAUGUAUUGUGCCAGGCAGAGACUUUGGAAAGCCUUUACCCCCAAAGUUCACACCAGACAUGGUACCAGAGUCUGCUAAAGAAACAUGUCGCAAUUGGUUUUACAAAAUAGCCUCCAUACGAGAACUCGUACCUCGCCUUUACGUUGAAGCUGCCCUAUUAAAGUCAUACAGUUUCAUCAAGCAAAACGAGCAAGGCCCUGCACUGCUGCGUCUCUGUAGAAUGGUGCGAGGAAUUGGAGAUCCCCUAGUUGCUGCCUACACUAGAUGUUAUCUAUGCCGCGUAGCAUCAUCUUUAAAUUGUGCCAGUCAAAAUUUCUUAAAAGAAAAUAUCUGCGACUUCAUCGCAUCUUACAAUCAGCUAUUCAACAAAAUUGUUCGUUUGGACUUAGCUCAUCAACGGGUUCCUGUCCCAGAAUAUUUGAUGCUAUUUCCUCCUGCAGUUGACUGGAUGUUCCAGGGCUAUGUGUUCAAUGCCUCUGAUAAAAUUUUGGACGAAGUUUUAGCUCAGUGCAAAGUCAAAAUCAACAAUUCUUUAUGUUUUGUUUACAGUGGUCUUCUAAUUAAUGCUAUGUUAGCAACAUUCCGAUCCUCCUACAUUGCAAAGCAUGCACUGCAAUUUUUUGAGUUAAUAUCUGCUUGCAGUGAUGAAGGAUUCCCCCAGUAUCUAUUGCUGAAACAAUUUGGGGUUUGCUUAAAUCAAUGUGAGCCGGAAAACAGUGCUGAGAUAUUGAGUGAUGUUUGGUUGAAAGUGGCGCAGAUCAAAGACUCCCAGAAUUAUCUUUGUGUUGCUGAAGUCUGGGCUGAGUUCAUUUCAAAACAUUUUGCGAGUGAAGAAAUCAACAGUUUCCUUGGUGAUGUGGUAGACCAUCUAACGGGUAAAAAAGAGUGCAAAGAAAAUUAUGACUAUCUACAAUCGAUUUUGAAGAUAAUUUUAACGCACGCCUCGGAUUUUUAUUCUCUCUUUUCUAUGAACAACUUAAUACCUUAUCUAGAUCUGUUCAAGUCAGAUAGCACUAAAGUAUCUCUUUGCAAAAUGAUUCUAGUGGAAUUCUCUCAUAGGAAAAAUUUAAUUCUCAAUGACUUAGUCGUUAUCAAUUCUUUUAUGUUUAUAUGCAGAGUUCUUCAUGAUUCUGUCAAUGCUUUAUCAAUAGAAGAUGAAAAAAGACAGAUUAGUAACUUAUUAUCAUGUUUCAUCCAAAGGGUGGACAUGGGCAAAAAGUUUGAGGAACAACUUAGUUUCUACGUCAACGCCAGAGCAGCAUUUACAAAUUUAGACCUAGUUCAAACAUCUUUAGUCCAGUGUGUAAUCCGUUUAGCAUGUGAAACUCAUCUCAUUAUGAAAGGCAAUCAUUCCUCUAGAACAGCAUCUUUUGUGAAAGCGUGUAUAGCGUACUGCUUCAUCACUAUUCCCUCAAUAUCUCUCGAGGCCUUUGGAGUUCUGACCCAACUCAAAUUGUACUUGCUAACUGGUCAAGUAGCCCUACUGAAUCAAUGUCUUGGUCAAGCUGAUGCCUGCCUGAAAGCUGCCUUAUCUCUCGUGCCAAAAUUUCCAACCUCGUUUAUAAUUGACAACGUUUCCAAAAGUUCAGAGCCAUUUUUAAUCUCUUAUUUUUGUGAUUUCCUAUCUACUCUUCUUGUAGUUCCUGAUAACGCUGAACAAGAGGUCUUAUUCUUAACUCGGGAAUUGAUCAAAACGUUGAGAAAGUAUCCAUGGGAAAAUGAGCUAUCUCGAUCGUAUUUGUACCUGUAUGCAUUAGAUAUGUUGUCAACAUGUGUUCAAGUAUCUUAUCCUUAUCACGUUAAAAACGUUGAUUCAAAUGACGUAUAUUAUGGGUCUCACUCCAAGUUUAUCAAAGAGGUUAAUUGGAUUUGCUCGGUCAUUCUAGAGGAAAUUUUAGCUGUGUUGAAAGCAUUUGCACAGCCUGAUAAACUCAGACUUCAACAUGAGUUGGCAGCUGCAUUACUUCACAGGAUGGUGGUUCGAGCAGACUUGAGGGAUGAAUCAGUUCUCACCCUUUGUGUGAAUUUGAUAGGCCUCAUCAAAAAAACCAGGUCUGCUGCUUCGCCAAAUACAUAUGCUAUCAGUAGAAUUCAAGACUAUCUGAAGUGGAAAACUCGAAAGCUGCCAGAAAUCUCGUCAGAAAAUGUCUACCAUUUGUUGUCAGUCAAAUUAAAAGAGGCAAUCAAGAGCUGAUGGAGGUUAUACUUUUUUGUCAAAAAUAAUCAAAUUAUUUUUUUAUGUGCCUUUUCAUUUUACACUCUUAAAGGUGUUUAUUUUGAACUUAUCUUAUCGUUCUAUCUCGUCCUCAAACUGCGCCAAACAUCAAAUAGUGUAGAAAAGAAAAAUAAUCCAUAAAGUUUUAAAAUUUUACAACAGAUAUUUUUCCAUAUCACUGCAAAUUGCCCAGUUGUGCUGGAAACAUGAAAAAAGAACACGACAAAGGUCAAUGAAGCACCACAGGUUGGCGCUUUUCUGCACUACCAUGGUAAAGUUCCACCUUGAUGACUUAGUCUAUACAAAAUGUCAGAAAGGCAAGAAUUAAGGAGAAAAAAUAGUUCUGUUAAGUUUGCAGUCUGUUUAAGUUCUGCAUUCAAUUGGAGGCAACUUGUUGUGAGUCUUUCCAUUUAAUCACGAAGUUUAUUAUACCAAGCCAGAAUCUCUCAGAAGUUAAUUCCCAAAUGAUUUUGAAGUAUUUCAAAAAGAAACCUCCUCAUCUUAGCCUCCUAAAAGAAAUGACCAGACCAUCAAUGGAGGUUACCAUUUUACAACAUUGUCCGAAAGCUGUAAAAUUUUGAAUUGCUGUAUCUAGAAAUGUUGCUAGUAACAAAAAAUUCUUUGCUCAGGUUUGAAGUUAUCUAUCAAAUAAGCUCUGCUUUUUUAGAUUUUUGGUGCACUUUGAAAGGGGGAAAAUUGAUGAGACAAGUUCCAACUUUAACUUCCUUUUGUUAUUUACUGCAGAGGUAGUUUUCUAUUUCAACCUGCUAUGUCCUUUGACACUUUUCCUUUCAAUUCAUUCAUGUUGGUUAAAGUUAAAUUGAUUAAUUCCCUUAAGUUGGCCAAUGAAAAUUCUUUACAGGCAGGAUAAUUGCAAUUCAACCAGAAGACCAGUUUUUGAAGACUUUCGGGGGAAAAAUUGAUGAUCUUUCAAUCCUUUCCAAAGCUUAAAAUGCCCCAAAAUGUUGGUAUGAAUGCCUGUGUGAACUGUCAAAUACUAUGGAAUAGUCAACUUUUAUAUCAAUAAAAUCCCCUGCUUAUAAAGAAGUCAAAAUGUGUGAGCUGUGCUUUAGUGAAAGCAGAAAUAAACUCCCUAAUAUUUUUUUUAAAAUUUCUUGUCAUCAAAUUUCACUUUGAUUCAAAAAUAUUUUCCAAGUCCGAGAGCAGGUUUCUAAUGAAAUCAAAGGAGCCAUCUUGUUUCCUCCAAAAUUAACACUGACAGUCUAGCAAUGGGGGCAAGUCAGGAAGAAGACGCCAAUUUUGCUAGACACCCUGCUACGGUAUUUUUAAGAAUCCAAUUUAGGCAUCUUGAUUUUACAGGUUGAAAUUUUAAACAUGCUCUGUCGUGUGUGACUGAUAUGUAUUAGACUGAUGUGUGUUUUGUGACAGGAUCUGUGAAAGAGGGCCUUAUUUUCUGGGAGAAAGUUUUCCUCAACUUUUUUCUAACUGUCUUGGAACUUCAGGACUCAUAUGUCUUUCAAUAUUUAAACUCUCUGCGUUGAAUUUUUGCUAAAAUAUCCAAAUCUUCUUCCUUUAUAAAUUUGGAAAAACCUGAUGAAAAUGUUUCUCCGAAAAAGAAGGUCUCUUUUCACGGAUUUGAUCAUAUUUUUAUUUUUUAUUUAUCUUUUUUUCUUUCUUUUUUUUUAAUUUAUUCAUUACCCUGACAUUAUUCAACAAAAUUGUAAUAUUUUAAAAUACAUAAUGAUUCUGCAAUUAUUCUGCAUCUGCAGCAUUAAAGAUGUCUCGUCAAGAAGUUGACAAAUGAUCAAGGAUGUGGUUAUUGUGGCGAGUAGAACCCUCUCCAAUUAACAAUUUUCUGCAAAAAAAAAAUUAAACUUUGGCUUCAAAAUAGUGGUGCUAUAGAUUAAACUGAGUUUGAAGUUUUGUAAAUGCUGCAUUUAGCUAGAUGAUCAGCAUUUACUUAGAUAACAUACUCUAAUAUUAGGUACUCUAGGUUUAGGUACUUUAAUAUUUUUGUACCCUCUAUUAAAUUAAAACUAUAAAUACUUAGUACCUUUUCACUGAGAUAUCUUUAAAACUAUUAAAAACACAGUAUGAAUAAUUUAAACAUAAGGUGGAUGCUGGCGCCCAAAAACAAAAUUUUAUUUCCGCUCUGAGUAUGUGGGUAGUCUCUUAUCCUUAUGUUGCAGACAUAAAUGCAAAUCCCCCCCCCCCCACAUGAAUCAUUAAAAUGUAUUUUUCCGCUACUGUUAGUGGGUACCUCUGAACAAACAUUUUUUGCAGAAGUUGGCGAGUUUUAAUGUGCCCCAUUAAUGUUUGAGUAUUGAAUGCUUAAUCUUCAAACAAUAUGUUCCAAUCAUUUUCAUUUGACUUGUUUAACAGUUUAAAUUUAGUAAUUCCUUUAAAUAUUCAUUGUUAUUGUAUUCAUAUUUUAAAAUAAAAAUACUAUUAUUUUUUUCUAUCCAAA